ACUUCUUUUUGAAAGCUCACGGGGAAAAAGCAAGACUUGGGCUUUCCUUGCCUUGUUUUGUAUUCUUGCUGGUGCUUUCGGUACAAGUCUUCGAAAGACUGCCUCCUUUUAAGAGCAUAUACCUAUCUUCGUCCUCUUUUUUAUUAGUCCUGGGUUCACAAAAUACUUUCGUAAAGUGCUUUCCACACCUCUAUGCAGCGCCUUAAACUGAGUUUCUUUUCAUCUUCUUCUCAAGCAAUCUCUUCUAUAUCAUAUUUUAUGGCUUAGUAUUAAAACCUCAAGAACAAGCUAUCAUUUGACCCUUUUUUUCUCUCUUAUCAUGGAACCCAUGAAUUCAUCAACCAAUUCUCUUGGCAGUACCACCAUCAAUGUCAAUAUCUCCGAUGAAGUAAAUGCAAUGAUCGUCCCGUUACUGCUGACGAAUCCGUCUUAUCAUCGUUCAAAGUCGAACAUAUACGACGAGCUACGAAGUUUCCGUGUGAGUCUCAAGUGGUGUGCACUUGAUCAUUCAACAUAUGUAAACAAAACUGUUUCUUACUUGGUUUUUAUUUUCCUUACCAUAGUUGUUCCCAUUUUUAGUUCAGUUUUUGUUCAUGUACCUAAGACUUCAACUAUUGUGGAUCCAAUUUCAUUCAACAAGUUGAUUCAGUUGCCAGAGUCGGGUUUAGCCAUCAUUGGUUUCUUCACAAUAUCCCGGUUCUUUAAAAAGUACGGUCUGCGACGGCUUCUAUAUCUCGAUGAACUUCAAGAUGAUUCAACGUACGUUCGACGUGGGUAUGCACGAGAACUUGAUAAAUCCUUUAGACACCUUGCUUACAUUCUUUUACCUUCUUUUCUUGUUGAAUUUGCACAUAAGAUACUAUUCUUCUCAACAGUCAUAGUAUCAAUCCCCGUACCGUACGCAGAAAACCGUCUACCGUACAAUUCGAUUAUGUUUCUAGCAGGUUUAGUUUCAUGGGUGUAUAGAACUGGUGUGUUUUUGUUAGUUUGUGCGUUGUUUAGAUUAACAUGUGAGUUGCAAAUAUUACGGUUUGAAGGAUUUCAAAAGAUGUUAGAAGGUUAUGGGUCAGACCCUGCUACCAUUUUUGAAGAACAUAUGAGGAUAAAAAAGCAAUUAUCGGAAACAAGUCAUCGGUACCGGCUUUUCAUUGUGGCUUCUUUGUUUAUGAUUACUAUUUGUCAGUUUGGAGUUCUCAUGUUAGUUUUGGGUUCAAAAGCUGAGAAGAACUUCUUCAAUUCAGGCGAUCUUGUGGUUUGUUCCGCAGUUCAGUUAAGUGGUUUCUUACUGUCACUUUUGGGAGCAGCAAGAAUUACUCAUAGAGCCCAAGGAAUUGUAUCCAUUGCUACAAGGUGGCACAUGCUUCAUGCAACUACAUUCAGCAAUGGGGUCUCGAAGAGUAACUGCUGCACGUUGGAAAAGAUGGAUAGAAUUUCAGCGGCCAAUGCUGGGGUUGUCGAAGAGUCUAACCGCACAAUUAAUAGUAACUCAACAAAUGACACUUUGCUUGCGAUGCCGUCACAGGAUUCAUCAUCUUUCCAGACUAGACAAUCUUUGGUGACAUAUUUGCAACACAACAACGGCGGAAUCACCGUGUAUGGGUUCGCUCUGGAUAGGGGAUUGCUUCACACACUCUUUGCCUUUGAGUUUUCUCUAGUUUUAUGGAUAUUAAGUAUGUGAACCAACUUCCUAGCUAGUGGAACCUUUAUGUUUUCCUACGUCCCUCCAGUCGAUAUUGUACGCACGUUAUUCACAGAAAGCAAUGUUCCCAAACAAACACAGUGAUUACAUUGCUACAUAGGCCUAUUCGCUGAUGAUAAGAGUAUCGAAAGAAAUAUCGAUGACCGAGAUUGAGCUUGAAGAACUUCUGCAGAGAAUCUAACAUAUACACAAACUAAUUUAACAAGGUCUUCACCGAUCCGAAUGCUAAAUUUACAGAAAGUGAAAAAUCAUGGAUUCUCCAGUGCCCAGUGGGAUAUGUCCUCACUCCUCAAAUGUUGGGAAUGGGCUUUGGUACAUGAGCCUUUGCCUUGUGUAUUUCAUUUUCUAGGAGCACAUGACAAAUUCUCCUCCUUUCUGGUGUUGUUUUGAUAUGAAAACGAAAGAUAAGAAGUCUGUGUGUUGAUUA